CUUUUCCGUCUCCUCCGAACUGAGAAACUCGUAAUUCACCUUUAAUCACUCUAUUCGUCAAUAUUGAAGGCCACUAAUGGUCCAGCUCGAAUUGCAAAAUUCCCUCACUGAGAUCAUCAACAUCAACUUCUGCAUCCUCUUGCCCUCGCAUUGUUGAUUGAUCUCUACGCUCUUGCCCAUCUGCCCUCUGAAUGCAGUCGCGACCUCUUCCGGUCGCACGCGACACGCAACACGUCGUAGUUCUGCCUCUUCCUCUCAGCCGGCAUUUACUAUUCAACCCCAACCUGAAGCAAACUUUCGGAUAGCACACCAUCUUCAUUUCGCUGUCAUAACCUGGCAUCUUUGGGACAAUUGACUUUGUCUGUCACAUUACCUUUCAGCAGUCCUCUCAUACAGAAUGUAUACACACAUGCGCAGGUUCUUCGCUAUCAACUUUCUAUUGGUGCUCACGCACGCUUUCUACAUACCUGGGUUCUCAAUUAAAAGCUACCACGAUGGCGAGACAAUACCACUAUUUGUCAACAAAGUGUACUCCGAUCGUAGCGAACUCCAGUAUAGAUAUGCUGAUCUACCUUUCGUUUGUCCCCCCACCGGUCGAGUUCACACCGGACGUUUUACUAGCGGUGCCAGUAUAUCGUUAAACUUGGGAGAGGUCCUCCGUGGUGAUCGGAUAACGGUAUCAGAUUAUGAGCUAGUCAUGGGCAACGACGAGGAGGCACUUUUCCUUUGCAGCCAUACUAUGGAUGCUGCGGGCAUCAGGAAAACCAAAGAAUUGAUCCGGGAUGGCUACUUGGCAGAGUGGAUUGUGGACAACCUACCCGGUGCUACCAGUUAUCAAACAACAGAUAAGACUCGUAAAUACUACGCUGCAGGAUUCAAGCUCGGCGAGGAGGUGGCUUCGAAGGAGGGUCAGGAUCCUCAGUACUUCCUGAAUAAUCACGUCACGCUCGUCAUUCGCUUUCAUCGCGCACCUGGCCGGGACGGUCGACAUGGGAAGAAAGUCAUCGUGGGGUUCGAGGUGUUUCCGAAGAGCAUUGAGGCAGGCCACCGAAAAGCUAAUGGACUUCCUGAAGACAUCUCAAAUGUCGCCCAAGGAAUGAGUCUUAGCAGUCAAUUUCACGACGAGGGUUCCGAUAAUGUGACGCUGAAUAUCCCCUUCACUUAUUCGGUCUACUUUCGAGAAGAGGAUAGGUUAGAAUGGCAAAAUAGGUGGAGUAUGUACUUUGUCGCCCAGGAUGACAGUUCCAACAUCCAUUGGCUUGCAAUUAUCAACUCGCUCGUCAUCGCCGGACUUUUGACUACAGUGGUUGCAGUUAUCGUGGCCCAAACUCUGCAUAAAAAUAUCAAGGCUGGAGCAGAUGGCGAUAAACCGAGAAGCAACGUUGAUCAAAGGGUCAAAUCGCCCGGUCUUGAAAAGGGUGGGCUUCUCGAGCAACUCAGCGAUGCUGAAAUCAUCGGAGAUGCAUCAUCCGACGAUGUAGUAGUUGAUGACGCCUCUGGUUGGAAGCUGCUUCACGGCGAUGUGUUUCGCCCUCCACCCCAUGGCGGCCUGCUCGCUCCCUUGGUGGGUUCAGGAAUCCAACUCGUCCUCGUGGCUCUCGGUCUUCUCAUACUCAGCGCUCUUGGCUUGCUCAAUCCCAGCUUCCGCGGUGGAUAUGGGAGCGUAGGCAUAGGCCUCUUCGUUGCUGCUGGUCUCGUUUCUGGUUACGUCUCUGCUAGAGUUUACAAGACUUUUGGGGGACAAAUAUGGCAGAAAAACGUUUUUGUGACUGCCUCUCUUGUUCCGGGAUUACUCUUUGCAACCACAUUCUGCUUGAACCUCUUUGUGUGGGUCCAAGCCUCAAGUAACGCCAUACCGUUUACCACCCUUAUUUUGCUCGUCUGUUUAUGGCUUUUCAUACAGGUUCCACUUGUGUAUGUAGGAGGCUGGUACGGGUACACGGUCGCCGGUACAUGGACUCACCCCAUCAAAACCAAUUCGAUUCCCCGACAGAUCCCUCCCCAGCCUUGGUUUAUUAGGAACAUGCAGGCUAUUCUUCUCGGAGGAUUCAUACCAUUCGCGGUGAUAUUCAUCGAACUGAUGUUCGUAUUCAAGAAUUUAUGGCAGGACAAGAGCGGCUACUACUAUGUUUUCGGCUUUCUUAGCCUCAUAUCAAUCAUCCUACUUGUUACGGUCAUCGAGGUAGCAAUUGUCGCAACUUAUGUGCGGCUUUGCUCCGAGAAUCAUCAAUGGUGGUGGCAUUCAUUCAUGGUUGGCGGCAGUAGCUCUCUAUGGAUAUUUACGUACCUGGCAUGGUACUACUUCGCGAAAUUACACAUCACAGGCUUUGUGUCCAGUCUUCUCUUCUUUUGUUACGGAUUUCUCGCCUGCGCUGUCUAUGGAUUGCUCACUGGAACUGUGGGCUUUCUGGCUGCAUAUGUAUUUGUACAGAACAUGUACGCGGCUAUAAAAGUGGAUUGAUGCUUGCGCAGCGUCGACUUCUUUCAGCUUCUUCAGACAACGUCUUUACGGAAACUUUCAGAAACUCACGAUGAACAACCUAGAGCUUUAUCAGCUAAGCCUCCACCGUUGGCGUACACGCACUCUACAACUACAUGUCACGUACAACACCGGGACACUUUUUCAUAGAUGUAGACACCGAAUUGGCAUAGCA